AUCCAGAGGGAUCCGACGAUGUGGAGUGGAGUGGGGCUGAGUGUACUGGGCCUGCUGUGCCUCCACAGCUUAGUCCACGGACAGGAUGCAGUGGAAGUGCAGCCAGGUGUCCUCAUAUUCUGUGACGAUCCUACUGUAGAAACGGCGGUCAGCAGUGCCAUGAACAAGUUCAAUGAAGGCAUCAGCACCGGACACAAGCUGGCACUGUUUCAGAUCCUCUCAGCCACCAAGUCAGAGAAUGGCUCCGACACCCUGUACUCGCUGCAGUUCACCACCAGGAGGAGUGAUUGUCCAGCCGGAGACCCCAAACCCUGGACAGACUGCGACUACCUGCCUAUUGACAGGAAACCAAUUCCUUGCAAUGCUGUGGUGUCCAUGACAGAGACAGAAACAGAAACUAAAGAGGUGCACUGCCACAUCGAGGAUCAUGUCAAGGAGGGGAGGGCUCAGUGUAUGGGCUGCCCUGAGGAGAUAGAGGAGAACUCCGAGGACCUGAAGGUUCCUGUUUCUGUUUCCAUCUCCAAAUACAACUCCAUGUCUGACUCCACGCACCUGUUCCGUCUGAAUGAUAUCAUGCACGCCACCAGACAGGUGGUCGCAGGUUUGAGGUACAAGUUUUCCUUUGAUAUGAGGAGGACCAACUGUGCCAAGGCCGAACACAAAGACCUUCAUGACUGCUGCGCUCCUGAUGAAGAGACUGUGGAAUAUGCAAGAUGUAACACUACAGUGGAUGUUGCUCCAUGGAGACUGGAGCCUCCACAGGCCCAGCUCGAGUGUGAACCUGGUCGACUGCCUAUGAUGUUCACUAGACGCCGUCCUCCUGGCUGGUCUCCACUCAGAAACCUUCUGUUUAAGUGCAUCCCGUCCACUUCGCCUUCACCCUCAUCCUCACCCUCACCCCCACCUUCACCAAACCCCUCCCAGGGUACAGUGAAGGAGGAGUCAUCUGAGGAGGACACAGGAACCCCCAAACCCACCGCCUCCUCAGACUCCCCCUUCCACUGCCCGUCCAAACCCUGGAAACCCUUCAACCCGGUGCACUCUGAGCCCAAAGCCCCUACUAAAGCACCAGAGGAGUCCACCGCCCAGCCUGAUGGGUUUUCACCGAUACGGACCUGCUGGGUAAAAAUGGGAGGAGACUUGGGAAAGCCGGCACCAAGCAGCUCGGAUGGGGUCAACUUCACCACAAAGAUUGUGGAAGACUGUGCAGUUGGAAGUCCACGUAUUUUCUGUACAGACGAGCUCAAGUUUGCGAGAUAA